AUUUUUCUCUAGUCAGCUGGUACUCUUUUCGUUAGGCUUUUCAGGUACAAACCCUAUUCGCCUUCAGACCGAUGAUCGGAGACGUGGAGAAGAUGGUGGCAGUGGGCCUAAUCUGGGGCGCCACCAACGCCGCAAUGCGCCGCGGCGCACUCCUUUGGGACAAAUCUCUUAAAUCUGCUCCUCCCCCACCGAGCCCACCUCUGAAACUCCAACAAAAAAUCCUCAAUUCCCUUUCUAAUUGGCUAACCCUCCUCUUCUUUUGGCAGUACUCGAUCCCUUUCAUCAUCAACCUCUCGGCGUCCGCUACCUUUUUCGCUCUGUUAAGCGAGGCCCCAAUUUCGCUCGCCGUACCUGUCACAAACGCCACGACAUUUGCUGCCACUGCAGUCUUUGGGAUGCUACUCGGCGAAAAGACGCAGGUCGGGCGCGCUUUAUUGGGUACGGCUUUUAUUGUUCUGGGUGUUUGGCUUUGCAUCUCCUAGUGUGCUUGCUUUGAUUGCUGCAACAUUUAAUCUUCAAUUCUUUGUAUGGAAGUUCUGUUGUUAUUGAAUUUGUGGUUUUUUGGACAGAUGUACAUGGUACUGCAUAUUGUUUCAAAUAUAUGGUUAUUUAAAUGUGAACCGAAUUUUGCUUAAGUUAAGGCUUAAUGAGUCAAUGACUUGCCUAUAUGGAAAGCUUUAUGUUUAUUAUUGUGUUGGAUUUUGGGCAAUACUUUUGAAUGGUUAAAAAAACUUGUGAUUAUUG